AUGGCCAUCGUCCACCUCCUCUCCCUGCUAACCGAUCUUUGGAAACGCUUCGACGACUACAUCCUCGACCUCCGCCUCCACUUCGGGCACACAAUCACGGACGACGCCCAACGCCGCAUCACCCGCAUCUUCCCCAAUCAAGUAGUCAAAGGGCCUUGUACACAGCAAGAAGUCGAGGGCACGCUGUUCGCAGCGCAACACGCCGCUCUCCACUCUUUCACGCCACGCAUCCACCGGAUUCACGAGCGGCGAGAUGGGCGUGCGUUCAUCAUCAUGGAAUUCGUAGAGGGGGAGAAUCUGUUGGAUGUUUGGCCGCGACUUGACGAUGUUGGGAGGAGAGAUGUCGUGAAGCAGUUAUGGAGGAAUUUGCAGCAGUUACGCGCAUGUGUUCAGCCAGUAUCAGCAAGCGGUGUACUCGUUGGCUCCGCCAUCUCAGGCAGCGAAGUCCGCGACGGCUCCUACUCGCUUGAUCCCUUUGGUCCAUUCUGGAACCUAGAAGGGUUCAACAGACUGCAACAGCGGAACCCGAAUUUGCAACGCUUCUCGCGCUUCUGGACACCUGUAGAUAAGAGGGCUGCGUCGACGGUGUUCACGCAUGGAGAUAUGGCGCUGCGGAACGUUAUCGUUAGGCAGGAUGGAUCACUUUGUUUGAUUGAUUGGGAGGCUGCGGGGUGGUGGCCAGAGUAUUGGGAGAUGUGUAAGUGGCAUUUUGGCGAUUGGCCGCGUUUACCUGGUUGGGUAGAUUUGAUGGAUGAGGUGUCGGGGUUGAACGUGUGA